CAAGGAAACCCAUCGGGUGCACAUGCGAUUGUGAAGCCUCGAAACUUUUGCACUGGGCUCUCGUUCCAGCUCGUGUUUUUGUUCUGCUUAUUGACUGGUCGACAGUUUUGAAGAAGUGGGCCCCCAGCGUUGCCUUUCAUGGCAGCGUACCAUAUCCAUGUGAGGGUGAGCUCGAGCCUGAUCGGAGUUUUCUUCCACAUGCAGCCGACUUGAUUUCUGCUGAAUUGAACUAGGAUUGGCCCGAUGCCGAUCGAGGACUCUUUACAUGAUCGCGUUCGCAGAGAGAAUCGUACUCCAAACGCAACUCCAACCUUCAAGAAAAACGAAAAGCUGUGACGACGUCGGACAGCAAGCCAAGGGCUUCCCGACCACGAGGGAUCAGGAGACUAGAACUCAAACCCGGUCAUCAUCGCUCACCCUGCGCUUGAAUCUGCCAAAUCCACAGACGAUCGCCAUCGUUUCAGUCCAGACACGACGAGGACAAACGGACGAUCUCAGCAGAGAAACGCAAUCGUCGGCGGAGCGCAAUGGAGAGAGAAUCACAGUCAGGGAUCCAGAGUCAAAAUCGAGGGACCUCGUCGGAGAUCUGGCAGACGAUUACUCUGAGAGCUGCAUCUUGGUGGGCAUGGGCCCGCAACAACCUUCAUCCGUCUCUGCUGCUGGUGAUCAAAGCUGUGUUCUGGAGCGUGGUAAUUUCCUGGUUCCUCGUGUGCGUCUUGGCUUUAGGUUCCAUCAUUAUCGUCAUCUACGGGAUCUUCAUGGCUCCUUACAUGUUCGUUCUUUUCUGGCUCGUCGAUGCGGUGCCCCUUGUGCACUCCACCCAACCUGAACAUCCAACUUUCUACGUUGAAAUGGUACAAAUUCUCUUCGUGCUAGCCAGUGUCCUCCUUUACUACAUUCUGUACACGCUCCUCAGUCUCGCUCAGAAACUCUUUCCUGAACAAAUUGAGAAACUCUCACCGGAAAACAUGAACGAGCUGCCACUUCUCCUCAGAAUUGUCAGCGGGUUCGCAUUCUACAUCGUAUUCAGUGUACUAGGGGCCGUUUUCACCGUUUCCCUCAUUGCCGUCGUUAUUUUUGUUGCGUACCUUCCGUACAAUGCAUUCUUGAUUUGUGACAGCCUCGGCCGCCAUGUUCCCUGGUAUGUGAUUCUGGGUGCCUUCGUCACUGUCGUCCUUUCAAUUGUAGCGGUGGUUGGGUAUUGUUCAGACCAGAGAAGUGUCUCGGUCGUCGGUCCUAGGCCUGCCAGAACUGUCGACGGCGAUGAGUUAGUUCAGAUGGUAGACGUUUGACGCUGUUCGCAACUGUUCGAUAUUUCUUCCAUGUCGAGUAUAGUUCUCCUCAAACUGACUUCUGGCGACGGCACGCUUUAACUCUUUGUGUGUCAUGAUCCACACUUCGCAUUCAUGUAAUCUAGUAUGAGAAAAUUUCCGUUUUCGAACUUUUGUGCUCUAACUUGAAUUUUUUGUUUGAUUUGGAUGGGUGAACUUGU